AUGACCUCCUCUUUUGAUGAGAUGUCCAUUGAGGACAUUAUCGAUGAACUCGAUCUGAACAAAGCCCUUCUCGAGAGCCUCAUCGAAUCCCGUCCAGACGACGUUGAGGAAAGAGAGGAGCUCGAAGCAACGGUGAUGGAUCUCGAACGGAAAUUAGCUGGGCGUCGAGGGGUGCCUUACAAUCCUCCAGCUGCACAACAACCCCAGUCCUCUUCUCGAGCGGCUUAUCAAUAUGACGGCGCUGGAGAUUCACCUCAGGGGUCAGGGGUUACCAACGAUCACGACGACGAUGGCUUUACAGCAUCUUUGCCGCAUCAUGAUACCCCUCAUCGCAAGCGAAAUCUCGAUCCCUCUGAUAUCGGCGACUAUUCUGGUUCUCCAGUUUCGAAACGAGCUCGCUCCCGCCACACAAGGUCGCCAGUACCAAGCGCCCCCUACGGUUCCAGCGUUGGAAGAAAUAAUUACGACCCACUCGAUGAUUACUUCCAAGACGACGAUAUCGACUUUCGAGAGGGACAAUACGAGGCAGAGAAAUGGUUGGAAGAACGGCGUGCACAGGAACUUAAAGAUGAAGAAUUCGCUAGACGUCUUCAGGAAUCGUUUGAAGACGAGUUUUCAUACGUGCCAUCGAAGCAAACGCAGCCUUCGCAGCCUCCGAAGGCAGACUCAUACAACCCGUACUCUUCCAGCUCAACAAACCCCCUCAAGCCAAUGUUGAACUCACAGUCUCCCUUUAUGCAGAAACCGACGUUACCAUCGUCUGCUACUCGCGAGCAGCCAGCCUUCGGCAUGACGGGUUUUGGUCGCCCCGCUUCUUAUCAAUAUCCAUCUCAGGCACCUUCGUCUUUCGGCUUUCAACCCACCAAGUACCCGACACUUGGAGCUUCAUCGAACCAACAGGUCAUCGAUAGCAGUGAUGAGGAUGAAGAUUUCAUGGAAAUCGGGGCAAGUGAUUUCUACGGGAACGACUCUCAUUUCUACGGGAACAACUAUCGACUUCCAAUUUUUACUAGAAAGAAGGACAACAUAAGCAUGGGGACAGGCGUUGUUAGAUAUGGCUCAGAGAUGCCAAACCGGAAUACUUCGCUAGGCUACUUGCCCAAGGGUCGUUCUCCUAAGCCAUGGAUGAAAGUCGAGAAUGACCUACCUGUUGCAGCGCCGUGGUUGAACAUUGAGGACGAGACGGUCGACAGCAAGCAGGCAAACCAGGAACUAAAGUCUUUGCUGGAGAAUCUCCGGCCUGAUUUCGAUAUCUCCCGAGAGGCAACACCGGAGCAAUUGAACUUUCCACUUUUUGAACAUCAAAAGCUGGGAUUGGCAUGGAUGAAAGCCAUGGAAGAAGGACAAAACAAGGGUGGAAUUCUUGCAGAUGACAUGGGUCUCGGAAAAACUGUGCAGGCUCUGUCACUGGUUGUGGCACGACCAUCGACAGAUCCUUCACGAAAGACUACAUUGAUCAUUGCCCCCGUCGCUCUGAUGCAGCAGUGGAAACGGGAAAUCGACAGGUUAAUCAAGCCAGAACACAAACUCAGCGUUUUCAUUCUUCAUGGUGAGAAGCGAAAGACCGCUUUCGACAAGCUCAAAAGAUUUGACGUGGUCUUAACUACAUUUGGUAGCAUGGGCACAGAGCUGAAAAAGAGGGAACAAUUCGAUGAGAUGAGGCGAUUUGCACAAAGCAACGCCAACUUGAUUGCAGAAGCCCGCGGUCUUCCCCUACUUGGGCCCGAUAGCACUUGGUACCGUGUCAUCAUCGAUGAGGCGCAAUGCAUCAAGAACCGAAACACAAAGGCUGCACUCGCUUGUUACUCUCUCAAUGCCACUUAUAGAUGGUGUAUGAGUGGUACUCCUAUGAUGAACGGUGUUCAUGAGCUGCAUUCACUGCUUCGGUUCUUGAGGAUUGGACCAUACAACAGUUUACCAUUGUUCAACAGCACUUUCACUCGGCCUUUGAAAGGCUCAAACAAAGAAGAUCAAACUAGAGCGCUCACACAACUCCGCGUCGUUCUCAAAGCCAUUCUUCUUCGGCGUACCAAGUUUUCAAAGCUAGAUGGCAAACCUCUUAUCCACCUUCCACCGCGUACCACUGAAAAGAUCCAUGCAGUCUUCAGCGAGGAUGAGCAGCAGCUAUACGACGCCUUGGAGAGCAAAACACAAAUCCAGUUCAACAAGUAUCUCAAGGCAAACUCCGUUGGCAAAAACUAUUCCAACAUUCUUGUGCUAUUGCUUCGUCUGCGCCAAGCUUGUUGCCAUCCUCAUCUGAUCCGAGACCUGAGCGUGGAUAUCUCCGCCGUUACAGAGCAAGCUGAUUUUGCUGAGAAUGCGAAGCAGUUUAGCCCCGAUGUUGUGCGACGUUUGAGGGAAGAUCCACCUCUCGAAUGUCCUGUUUGCAUUGAUGCUGUUCAGAACGCGGUAGUGUUCUUUCCUUGCGGUCACGCCACUUGUGCCGAAUGCUUUGCCAGAAUUACAGACCCUGCUCUCGCCGUUCAGCAAGGAGUUGAUGGAGCGGUUGAAGCAAAGUGUCCUAACUGCCGCGGCAAGAUCGAUCCCAAGAAAGUCACAGAUUAUUUCUCUUUCAGGAAACUCCAUUUCCCUGAACUAGCUGGUGGUGAAGACGAAGAGCUGGUGGGAAUUGCUGCUGUUGCGGAAGAUGAUGACUCUGAUUCGGACGAUGAUAGCGACGACGAAGAAGAUGAUGACCAAGACUCGGACCUUGACAGCUUCAUCGUCCCUGAUGACUAUGACGAAGAAGAUGACGCAAAGGCCUCAACGAAGAAGUCCGAUGACUCCGAAUACAAACCUAAAUCCAAAAAGAGCGAAAAGUCCAAAUCCACAAAAUCGAAAGGCAAGGCCAAGAAAAAAGAGAAAAAGACACUUGCUGUCCUCCGCCGCGAAGGUCAACGCAACGCAUCUUCCAAGCGGAAAUACUUCAAACGCCUCGAAAAGAAGUGGAUAACGAGCGCCAAGAUCGAAAAGGCCAUUGAAAUCCUCGAAGGAAUCAAAGAGUCUGGCAAAGGCGAAAAGACCAUCAUCUUCAGCCAAUUUACUUCGCUUCUCGAUAUGCUUGAAGUCCCCAUCAACCGCCGCGGAUGGAAAUAUCGCCGUUACGACGGUAGCAUGAACCCUCGCGAACGCAACGAGUCCGUGCUUGAAUUCACAGAUAAGCCGGACUGCGACAUCAUGCUUGUCUCCCUCAAAGCCGGCAAUGCAGGUCUCAACCUCGUUGCAGCUUCGCAAGUCAUCAUUUUUGAUCCCUUCUGGAACCCCUACAUUGAAGAACAAGCCAUCGACCGUGCACAUCGAUUGGGUCAGACCCGCCCAGUUCAGGUUCAUAGAAUCCUGGUUGAGAAGACUGUCGAGGACCGCAUUCUGGAGUUGCAGGAUAAGAAGAGGGAGGUUAUUGAGGGGGCGUUGGAUGAGCAUGCGGCUAGUCAGAUUAGUAGAUUGGGGGUUCGGGAGUUGAAGUUUCUUUUUAACGUGCAAUAG